AUUCAAAUUCAAUCCAUAUUUUUUAAAUCUAUAUCAUCUGCUAUUAUAUUCUGCUUCAAUCAUAUUCGUCACUCGACGCUCAUCAGUCAUCAGCAAGAUUGAAUCUUUUCUUUAUUUCGGAAAAAAUUGAUCAAUUAAAAUUUUUCUGGCCCUCUCAUUGACGACCGUUUGUCGUCUACCUCGCCCGCGCCGUCUACCUCGCCGUCCACCACAACCGGGCCUAACUUCACCACCGUCCGCUCAUUCCGGCGACAGCAGCGAGGUUAAAAAAUAAUACAGGUAUGCGACGGGCCCUUUUCUCCACGGUCCCUCGUAUUCUCAGCUCCCAUCAGACGUCGCUCGUCAGCUCCCAACCUCGCCACAGGCCCGUAUUGGGUUCCUUCUCCAAUUUCACCUCGUCAAGUGCAAUCGGCCAAUCCCUAGAUAUCGAUCUCUCGAAUGAAGAAAGCAAAAGGCGGUUGUUCAACAGGCUUCUGUAUAGGAGUAAACAGAGAGGGUACCUUGAGCUUGACCUGAUUUUGGGGAAAUGGGUGGAGGAUAACAUUCGGUCCAUGGAUGAAAGUGGAAUCAAAUCUCUUGUUCAUGUUCUUGACCUGGAAAAUCCAGAUCUAUGGAAAUGGCUGACCGGUCAAGAGCAACCCCCUGAGCCAGUGAGCAUGAAUCCUGUCUUCUUGGCCGUGCGCGAGAAGGUGGCUAACAAUCUCGACAAUUAUGCAGCAGCCGAGACUCGAGCCACUCGUGGGCAGUCGUGGGUCAGAGGUUGGGAUGAUUUCAAGAAGGGUCGAGACAGCCCCAUUUCUGGGAACCAGUAGUCGUGUUAGCUCCUAUUGCUUCACAAAUUGUAUACGUGUUAGAAAAAUAAUGUUUGUGAAAUUGUUCAGUAGGCAUGAGAAUAAAGAUGAGAAGCCAGAAGAUCAUUAAUGUGAAUCUGGUAUUAAACUGCAUCUGUUGUGAUAAACUGAAAUGGAAUGGGGCUUGAACCAUGCAUUACAUUACAUGUGUAAUCAGUUAAAUAUUGUUUUGAUGUUGUAUAAUCGUUUUUCUUUCUUUUCUUUUCAUGAAAGCACAUGAGCAGAUUGCUAGUGAAUACAAAACUUUUAAGAUGGUAGCUUAUGACUUUUGA